AUGUGGCGGAGGAGGAAGUUACUUGAGUCAGUACCUCAGCCCAAAGCAGAGCCGCUCCUGUCCUUAUUUGGUGUUUUAUAACCAGCAGCAAACAUGUCUGACUUCUCUGAGGACCAAAUCUUCGAAUUUAAGGAGGCCUUCUGCUUGUUUGACCGGACCGGUGAAGGGAAAAUCAACUACAGCCAGUGUGGUGAUGUAAUGCGGGCCCUUGGACAGAACCCCAACAAUGCUGAAGUACUCAAAGUCCUGGGAAACCCUAAAUCGGAAGAGAUGAACUACAAAGUGCUGGAUUUUGAGCAGUUCCUGCCCAUGUUCCAGGCCAUUGCUAAGAACAAGGACCAGGGCUCCUUUGAGGACAUGGUAGAGGGCCUGCGGGUGUUUGACAAAGAGGGAAAUGGUACAGUGAUGGGAGCAGAGUUGCGCCAUGUCCUCUGCACACUAGGUGAAAAAAUGACAGAGGAGGAGGUGGAGACUCUUUUAGUGGGACAUGAGGAUACCAAUGGCUGCAUCAACUAUGAAGAUCUUGUCCGGAUGGUGAUGAGCGGUUGAGGAGUUCUGAAACACACUUCCAGCUUUAAUGUUACUCCUAAAAAUGUUUUCCCUCCUUUUUGUCCCGUCUUGACCUCCCAUCCAUAUCAUUCCAUUUCCAACAAGUGUGUUUUGUUUUUGAGAUGUCUUUUUCUUUACUUUUUUUUUGUAAGUGCCUUUUUUAAUCCUUUAGACCUCAUCUUAUCUCAUGUUCCAGUUUGGUCUCAUCGGCAGUUACUUCCACUUGAUGAUUAACUCUGUCACCUUUGUCAAUCAGCCACUCUCUGCCUCUCUUUUUUGGGAUAUGAGAAUGUGAAAUGUAACAUUCCACAAUAAAAAUUGAAUUAUAAAGAGA